UACAGCACUGAAGCAAUCAGCUGUUGUGUUUCUAUGCCUAUUUUUGCCAUUCGCUUGUCUACGUUAUUGUGUGCUUUCGCGCGGCAAUAUUGGAAAUACAAUUUGAGAAACUUAUUUAUUUUAUUUAUUUAUUUUGUGUAAAAAUGACAGCUUUCAAGCUCAAAGAAGUCAACGGCGACUUAUUUUCCGCCAGCGCCGAUUAUUCUAUGUGUCAUUGUGUAGCUGCUGAUUUGCGUAUGGGCAAAGGAAUCGCCGUGAAAUUUCGUAAUAAAUUUGGUCAGAUGGCUGCUUUGCAGAAGCAGAAUGUGCAGCCAGGAGGCGUGGCCAUACUGCAGCAUCAAGAUCGUUACAUUUACUAUCUCAUUACCAAGCAGAGCAGCUGGGGGAAACCCACUUAUCAAUUGCUGCACAGUUCUUUGAGUGCCAUGCAAGAGCAUAUGGCAAAACACAAUGUUCAGAAACUGGCGCUGCCUCGCAUCGGCUGCGGUUUGGAUGGACUCAACUGGACGAAAGUAAAAGACAUGCUGUUGGAGAUAUUUCAGGCAGAUGCUACAGAGCUGGUUGUCUAUAAUUAUGUGCCAAGCACAUCUCAAUAACUAACAGGCACACAAUUGAAUAUUAAGUAUUUCUAAGUUCCUUGAGCUGCUUUUAUUGCGGUGGCACGUAGUUGUAGACCACAAUCUCCACCUGCUCCUUGCCAAAGACCUGCUCCAACAACGCGCUAACCUUAUCCCAUUCCAAGCCAUCGAUGCCACAGCCAAUACGUGGUAUGGCCAGCUUAUCAAUCUCGUUCUUCAGCUGCAGAAUAAAUAAUUGAAUAACAUAA